AUGUUUUUCACAAACAAUCAUGUGUCAUCAACUGGAUCGAUAUAUUCUCAUGCAAACGAGAAGAAAAAAGGAAAAAAUCGUGAGACAGAUUUAAAUUUAACUCUAAUUAUGGGGCAUCACGACCACCAUCACCAUCAUGGCGGAUACUAUAAUCAACAACCAAUGGGUGCACCCGGCUAUCCACCACAGCAAGGAUACCCUCCACAAGGUGGAUAUUAUCCACAACAACCGUAUCCACAAUAUCCACCACAAGGAGGAUAUCCACAACCGCAAACAGUUUACGUUCAACAGCCAAGCAAUAAUAGAGGUGGUGGUGGUGGAAGCUUUAUCCCGGCCCUUCUAGCUGGUCUCUGCUGUGGCUGUUGUGCAGCUGAAGGGAAUAUCCCUUGCUUGGCGGUGAGGAUCACUAUUCUUCGCGUUGGCCCUCUCAUGAUGCAAGGCCUUCUGCCCACCCUGGCUCUCCUUUCAGCCCUACCCGCUCUCACACUCACUUUUUGGAGCCCUUUUUCUACCGAACUUGCAUGUGCCUCAUGUGAUUCGCCGAUCAUUAUCAAAUCUCAGGAUUCCGUCUCAGGAAACGUUACAUUCAAGGUAGAUUGGGACUCAAAGGGGUGUAUGAUAAGCCAGUUGACUUGUCGAGGGAGUGAUGAGUAUUCGCCUGCUAUAUUUGAGUUUAAUCAUGGAAAAGGUGGAAUUGUUGAGGGGAUGGGCGAAUUGACAAUUCCGAUGCGAUGCAACGAUGAAUCUACGUGGACUGCUAUGGCCUAUGGUCAAAUGUUAAGCGUGGUGAGCAUCAGUUGUGACUCAGCC